AUGCUUCAUAAAGGGGUUUCACUCCUAGUGGCUUUGCAUGCCCAUCCUACGGCCUUCUUCGAACAGCUAGUGGAUCACUCAACAGGUUCUGGGGAGACCUUUGCUCAGCAAUACCAAGUCAUUGAUGACUAUUUCCAGCCAGGCGGCUCGAUCAUAUUCUAUCAGGGUGCCGAAAGCAAAUCCAUCGCGUGCCUGGAAGACUCUAUCGUCCCAGUCUGGUCGAAAGAACUUGCAGCCCUAGCAAUCUCUCUCGAGCACCGCUUCUUUGGUGCCAGCUGGCCCUCCAACGACAGCAACUUCGCUGAUCGCUAUGAAACAAUGACCUUGGAGAAUGUUAUGCUGGACUCGGUCCGCUUUGUAGACAAGAUCAAGAACACAACCAAAGGAAUUACGCAAGAGACCCCAGUGAAAGUCGUUGGGUCUUCCUAUGGUGGCUUCCUGAUCCCCGUCAUUCGCCUCAACUACCCAGAAACCUUCUACGGUGCUGUCGCCUGGGCAUCACCAAUUCGGUGCUUUGGCCCUGACAAAGCAAAUCCGGACCGCUUCAUCUGGAUGGACCACGUGAGCAACGUCUACUAUGACCAAUCUGCGAAUGCCGCAAAGAAGAUCAAGAAUGCUUUGCACGAGCUUGACACAAAGAUUGCCAAUCCUGCGACUUUACCUCAUACUCUUGCAUCCGAGCUGUCCCUGUGCAGCGCACCGACCAACCACAGUGAAUUUCGAGACCUCAUGAGCUGGCUGGUCGGGUCAUACCAAGACGUGACGCAAUACUCUCUCGCGUCCGCAUUGGUAUUCGAUGACCCUGAUGUCCUUCCCAACCUCAUUCGGCAGACAGAAGCAGCAUCGAGUACAUCAACCGUGCUGAACGCCGUUAUCCGAACGAAGGCCGCAUCGGGACAGAACUGUACAGACUACGCGUCGGCAGGGGCAGCCACCUCGUUGGUCGACAUUGACUCUUACGGCGCUCUUCUGUGCAAGUAUUACACUCAAGUUGGUGGAGCCGAAAUAUCAAACUCCACGAUAUUCCCGACGUCAGUCACUCAAAGUUAUGAGGAGAACUUUUCCUUGUGCCCGACAGCGUACAACGUCUCGUUCACAUCGAUGCCCACUCAAGCUGAGCUACAAAAGAAAUAUCGCUUCACUCAAGCCGACAUUGAAGCGUCACAGCGUAUCCUCUUCCCCAUGGGCGAGUGGGAUCCCGUCGGGGCCAUUGGACCGAAGCCAUUCAACUUUGCCGGCACCACAAAGUACACCGACCGUAUGGCGAGUCGUGCUUGGGUGGUUAACAUGAUGUCGCACGGCGAGGAUAGUCUUGCACCCGUGGCGAAUGAGAAGCCGAGCGUGGUGCAUGCGAGGCAGCUCGAGUUGCAGAGCAUCAAGGAGUGGCUAAAUGUUUGA